AAGAAGCCUCGUACCCGUUUUCAAAUGGGUCGCACUUAGGUUUACAUCUUCAGCAAUCUUUCCCUUCCCUCAUUUCCAUAACUCUAAUUUCUCAAUUCUCACUCCAUCAACCAUGUCUAACAGGGUAUGCAAGUUCUACGCUCGUGGAGCGUGUUUGAAAGGGGAGCAAUGUGAUUUUUCUCAUGAAAGAAAGGAUGAUAUUUGCACCUAUUAUCAAAAGGGAUUCUGUGCCUACGGUAGCAGAUGUAGAUAUAAGCAUGUCAAAGCUUCCCAAGCAUUGUCCGUGGCAUCGUCUUCAUCAAAUGGACGCCAAUCCCCUGCUUCAGAUUCUGUUUUAAGUCAGACGGCUAAAGGUACAUCAAAUUGGGUUCCUAAGGCUGCAAGGUUGCCUUCAUCUUCAUCAGACAAGCGUGCAAGGUGUUCACAACGUAAGCAUUUGGCCUCUCUGGGGAAUGGUGAUGUUGGUGAAUCAAGUGCUAGUAGUGCUAUACCAUCUGAUCAUUUGUUUUGUACAUUUUCCGCUGCCAACUGCCCCCUUGGAGAUGAAUGUUCUCGCAUGCAUGGAAAUCAGUGUUUAUACUGUAGAAAAUUUUGUUUACAUCCUACUGAUCGAAAGCAAAAAGAAAAUCAUUUAAGGACUUGUGAGAAAAAAGAGAAAUACCUUCAGGCUGUGAAAGAUAGUCAAGAAAUAGAAUGCAAUGUUUGUUUGGAGCGUGUUCUUUCCAAACCUAAACCAUCUGACUGUAAGUUUGGGCUGCUCCCUGAAUGUGACCAUUCUUUCUGUUUAUCCUGUAUCCGCAAUUGGCGUAAUAGUGCCCCAACCUCUGGAAUGGACAUCAAUAAUACUGCUAAUACAGUGAGAACCUGUCCUGUUUGCCGCAAACUCUCGUAUUUUGUCAUUCCAAGUGGUAUUUGGUAUUCUACUAAAGAAGAAAAACAGGAAAUUAUUGACAACUACAAGGCAAACUGCAAACUAAUUGACUGCAAGCAUUUUGAUUUUAGAAAUGGGAAUUGUCCAUUUGGGGCUAGUUGUUUCUACAAGCAUACAGUGAAGCCAGGCUCAUACACAUGGAUACAUAACAGGCCACCACCUCAACGGAGACAAAACAAUUUUGAUAUGUAUGAUAUGUUGGACAUGCUCAGCGAAGUUGAUUUAUCAAGUUCAGAAUAUUAUUCCAUCAUGAGGGACUCAGAGUUUUUUGAUGAUAUGGAUCCAUUUGACAUGAUGGCUAUAUCGGAUAGGCUCACUGGUGGAUCAGGUCCUUGUUUAGGUCCUUUUGAUUCUGAUGACGAGGAAAUGGGUAUUUUUCAGAUGGCUGCAUUGUCAGAAGAACUAGUUGCUGGUGUGGAUGAUUUUGGUCCUGAAGAUUUUGAUGAUGAAGAAUUCAAUCCUAUGGAGGCAGCCAUUUUAUCAAUGAUGAUGCAUUCUAAUAUGGAUGAAGAGGAGGAAGAAGACAGUGACGAAGACUAGUAGAUUUGCUUAGUUCAUAUGAAAGCCCAUUUUUAGCCAGUUUCUGAGGUAGCCUUUGGCAGUAUGGUACCUAUCAUCUUGUUUUGGAAAUUAUUUGGGCAGGAACUUCCAGAUUGAUUCUAGUUUAUGAUAUGCUUUUACUCAUGCCUCUAGCUGCUAUUCGUGAUAAUAUGCCAUUUUUGUAUUUACUGGUAUGAUGCUAUUGAAGGAGUUUGGCUCGAGGGUUUGGUUUGUCUUGGCUCAUAGUUUGCACAGUGAAUUGUGAUUGUGCGCUAUAAGGAAAGGCUUGUCAUCGUUGGUCCGUCGGCGAUAUUUGCUUUGUGUGUGGUUAUUUUUUCGUCCAGUUGCACCAUUGUAAUAAGCAUAGAAGAUUGAACAGUUCUGGGCCUAGUUUCGUAAGCUUUCUACCUUUGAUAUUAACUCUUCAAAUUUACUGAUAGAUUUUUUGAGCG